GAACGUGUGUGCCAAGCCACAUUCAUCUCUGUACGGCAACCACCAAAACGCAACACGACGACGCAAUAUUAGUCUGGAGAUACCCACGCUCGCUAAGACGAUCCCCAAGCCUCAGGAUGCUACUCGGAUUCCACUCCAGAAUGACGGCCUAGCCUUGGACCGAGCCUCAUCAUCGCUCCGCAUUGGUCGAAUCCGACGACGCGUGCCCACGCGCAUACUCACCCUAGCUUCAUACCUAGAUUCCCAGAUCGAAACGCUCGCCACCUAGCCUAAUCGAAUCGUGCGUGAUGUCGCGACCCUUGUAUGCGUUGCAUAUCGGCGCACGCAUAAACAAAUAGAUCGAAUAGAGAAAAUCUACGUCUUCUGCUGGGGGGUAUAGAUAUAGGUACCCUGUAUAAAUAGGCGAGGUAUGCCGCUUUGCGAGCAACGACAAGUGGUUGUUCUCGUCGCCGCUGCCUGCUGCGCAUUCGCUUCCGUGUUGUAUUCCGUCUCCUUACGCGGACGAGUUGACGCGGCUGCCGCCAAUAUGGGGUUGCCGCCGAUGAAUAAUAGAUGGCCAUCUUCGCUUCUGGCGUCGUCCCUCACCGCCGCCGCCGCCGCCGCCGCCGCCCAGAACAUUGACUUGGGAUGGUAUCCCCCGAGCGGCACGUCCAUCAACAACCUAACUGCCGCCCUCAACGGGCAGGGUGUCUACGGGUUCAUCUUCAACACGUCAGACACCCCGGACGAGCAGUACGGCACGUACAAUUGGUGCAACAUGCCUCACGUCCGGAGGUCGGAGUACGUUAAGCCGCCAGCCGAGUACGAGCUCAAAUACGUCGAAGUAAUUCAAAGGCACCACAAACGAACUCCGUAUGCGAGCAAUGCCUUCCCCGUUGAACCUUAUCGCUGGAACUGCGACGAUCAGGGGCUCUAUUAUUACGGGCGGCCUUUCGACGGCGAUGCCAAGCAACCCGUCGAAGGGUUCUGGAAGGGCUACAUCUCAUCGGUCAACCCCUUCACCCCCUCGGGCUGGAUCGGGUCCUGCCAGUUUCCUCAGAUCACCUCCGGGGGGCUUGACGACUCUUGGGUCCACGGUCGGGAUCUCUACGAGGUCUACCACGACUUGCUCGGGUUCCUCCCCGGCAGGGGCGAGGACUGGAGGGCCAAGGUCGCGUAUCGCGUCACCCAGAACGUGAUCACGAGCCAGGUUGCCGGCAUGCUGGUCAGCGGCAUGUGGCAGACGACCGAGUCCGUCCCGCUGAUGAUCCAGGCAGCCAACGUGGACAGCCUCGAGCCCCAGUACAGCUGCAGCGUGGGAAGCCGACUCUUCAACACCAUCAAAUCUUCUUCCAACGCCGACUGGCAGAACCACCUAGAUGCGGCCGCCGACCUGUUCGGCCACCUGGACAGCCUCUCCGGCGUGCCUCCGAAUGAUUCCGGCUUCCACGAGAGCUUCGACCAUUAUUUCGACAACCUCUCCGCGCGGCAAUGCCACGCGAAGCCGCUGCCCUGUAAGCUGGAGAACGGCACAAAUUCGACUGCGUGUAUCGAUCAGGCAACAGCCGAUACGGUCUAUCGUCUAGGCCAGUGGGAGUAUUCCCAGAUCUAUCGUGAUGCGCCCACCUCGCUGGCGGCUUCUUCUACCACGUAUGGCAUCUGGGUUGCUGAGCUGACCGAGCACUUGCGAGGCGUAAUAGCAGGCAAGGAGGCGCCCAUUUACCUGCACAAUCUCGCGCACGACGGUUCCGUUAGUCGUCUUUUGAGCAUAUUACAAAUUGACAUUAUGGUGUGGCCCGGCAUGGGUAGCGAGAUCGUCUUCGAAAUGUACGAGAGAAAAGGGAACGCGACGGGUCCGGGGCCAUGCGGUAGCCCCAGUGUCAGGGCUAGGAGGGCACAACCCAGCCGAAGGAGCCAAGGCGAGUUCUUCGUCAGGGUAUUAUUCGGCGGGCAGCCGCUGAAGUCCUCGAGCCCGAGUCUCGGUCUGAUGGACAUGGUGCCCGCUGAGACGCUCCUCGCGUACUUCGACGGGCUCGUCGGGGAAAACGCCAGUUUAGUCGUGGGGAAGUGCAACGGGACGCUGGCUCUAUAGGGGGCGGAGCGGUGACA